ACACUUGUUUUUUAGAUAUGGCUCGUGGACAGCAGAAGAUCCAGUCACAGCAGAAAAAUGCCAAAAAGCAAGCUGGGCAGAAAAAGAAACACGGCCAUGACCAGAAGGCUGCGGCAAAGGCUGCUUUAAUAUACACCUGCACCGUCUGUAGGACACAAAUGCCAGAUCCCAAGACCUUCAAACAGCACUUUGAAAGCAAGCAUCCGAAGACUCCACUUCCUCCAGAACUGGCUGAUGUUCAGGCGUAAAAUUCACAGGUGAAUUCAUGGAUCCUGUUGACUCUUCUACUGUCAGGCAUUGCAUAACAAACCUGCAGCUGCUUUUCUAACAAACUGUUGAUCAGCAAAAAUGAAGGGGCUAUGAAAACAUUCAUAUUUUUAUGCUGUUCCUCUUGGGCUUUAUGUAAAGACAAACCUAUAACUGUACAGUUGUGCCCUACUUGGAAAUCUGAAAAUUGGUUCAUUCUUAAAUUUUUUACAGUUGUAAUUAUAUUGAUGUUCAUAUUGUGUAAAAUAACUCAUUUAAUAAAAUAGUACUUUGAUUUUACAAUA